AUGCAUCCAACAAGCGCUCCCUUAACGGACGUGGAUCUCUCCAGAAUCAAUAUUAGUAGGGAGAUUUCGCGGUCUGAUGCCUCUUCAAUUAUGCAUUUAAAGCUUUUCCACGGCAACGGCGACCCUGGAUAUACCGAGGAUGGUCGUGAUCUCAACCGAUUUCGCUGCGAAUUUAAUGCAUAUAAGAAGCUCCUCGCUUCUGGUGUCUGUGGGCGCGGCUUCGUUCCAAAAUUCUACAGCUAUAUUAAUCGAGUGAAUCUAGCUGCUUCUGUUUUCCAACAUUUCGCUUAUGACAAGCUAAACCCGAGCGCAAUUUUGCUAGAAUUCCUCCUAAAUGCGGAGUGCUUGAACUGCAUGAACUAUUCGGAUGCGCUCCAUUCCCAGGUAACUGAGGGCAUGAAGCAGAUACAUAGGGCGGAUGUCCACCACCGAGACAUCUACCCUAGAAAUAUGCUUCUUGUUCGUGGAAACCCAGAUAGGCUGGUAUGGAUUGACUUUGAUGUGGCAACGACCUUCACCGACUUUGGACCUAAACAGCUGGCCCACUCUGACCACGAAAUUUCGCUUGUGAAGUGA